CCUUUCAAUUAAGCUCCUUUAAUCCUAUAUUAUAAGAAGCCAAUUAAUACCUCACAUUUCAACUCGUCGUCAAUUGAUCGAAGGUCAUAGAUAAGAGAAACAAAGUAUUGAGAGCUUUAACUUUAUAAGAAAAUCAUGGCCUCGGAACAGGAGAGAAGGGUUCCCCAGAAGAGGGCAGAGCUGGACGAAAAAGCACGGCGGGAAGAGAUUGUUGUUCCCGGUGGAACUGGUGGCAAGAGCCUCGAGGAUCAGGAGCACCUUGCUGAAGGACGACACAAGGGAGGGGAGAAGGGAGGGCAGACAAGGAAGGAGCAGAUAGGCCAUGAAGGGUACCAUGAGAUGGGCAAGAAGGGUGGACUCAGCACCAAGGACGAGUCCGGAGGAGAGCGUGCUGCUGAGGAGGGUGUUCCGAUUGACGAGUCCAAGUACAAAACUAAGAGUCGUUGAUCCAAAUGAUGAGCCUCUUUUAAGCUCGAGACCUAGCUAGCUUGGCUUGUUUACGUCUUGCUAUGACUAGAGUAGGGAUCGAUAAUGUAUUAUGUGUAGCGUACUGUUGUUGCUUGUUGUCUAGCUAUGAAACUCUUGGAUUGCUUUACUUC